UGUUUUCCAUUUCCCCCCCAAUAUAUUACGUGAAACCUUAACCUAUAUCUUUUGAAAAUACUAUAUAUAUAAUAUACACGAUCGUGCUCCCCCUACCACUGAAAUCGAGGUUACGUUAUUAAUUUUUGACAAAAAAAAAAACAAGUGUAUUUACAUCAGCGAUGGAGCUUCAAGGUUUUUGUAUUAGAGAUGAGAGGCUCCAAAAAAGUUUCGCAUAAUGUAGGGGAAUGUGAUAUCAAGUGAUAGAAUUAGAAAAAUAAUUGAGAAUGGAUCAUGAGGAGGAAUUUUUAAACACUUUCUUCACGCAAGUGACCCAGCUGUGCUUCGAGAAGGCCAAAGAGUCCGUGGAGAAAGAGAGAGAAUCAUGUCGACUGACUCAGAUGGGGCCCUGGGGAAUGCUGCUCAUGCAUCUUCCACAAGUGGUCGUUGCUGAACGUUCCUACGCGGAUUUGGGAUUUCUGCACACAAAGAAUAAGGGAUUCCUACGUAAAGAUACCUCAUUGAAGCCCACUUAUGAAUGCCUAAAGGGAGACCUAAGAAGGGUUGAGGAGAUGACAAGGGGGACCAACACAAUCGGAGCUACUGUUGCUGAAGUGUCUAAUCAACUAUGUCAGUUUAUCAGCGCUAGGAUACAAUUGAUAGAAUUUUAUGAAAAGAUGUAUAAUAUGAGCCUGGCAAAUAAAUCCAUGAACCAUCAGGAAUUAUUGAGAAUUAUUGAAGGAAUUGUCGACACACAUUCGCUAUCUUGCUCUCACAUGGCUUUGACUGCGAUUAAAGCUGCGCUGACAUUAGAAUGUGAAAUUCUGGUACAAUUAACAAGAGCACAAGUCGAAGUUAGAAACUGGAGAUUUUUAUCUAGUUUAAUGGCAUUAUAUGGCGCACAAGCGAGAAUGACCGCUUGGGAGCGAACACUCCAGAGUAAAGAAUCGUGGAAAUUGGGAUUCGGUGCAACGUUUCUCAAAGCCAAUCAACAGCCAGCCCUCUAUCAGUGGCUCGUAAAAUUGAAAUCUGCCAUUCUAGCAAAAUGCUCUCUAUACUUUCAUACGACAUUGAGCCAACAGGCAACCCAGGGAGAGAUGAGAAAUAUCAUGAGCAAACAGAAUCUGGAUUAUUAUCACAAAAUCCAAACAUUUCAAAGGAAAUGGGACGUUUUGGCUGUUUUAAUUAUGUUCGAUGCACGGGGAGCUGAGGAUUCAGGGCCGGGAUAUCGUCAUCCUGAUAGAGAGCCUGAUACUUGUGAAGAAUUUCCCAUUGUCGUUGGAUGUCCAAGUAUAUUGGUACAAAAACCUUCAAUCCACUGGGACACAAUUAGACAAGCAAUAAAAGAACGUCAGGCUGAGCUCCUCAACAUGGACAAAAUAUUCUAUAUAAAACACAGUAAAGAUCCAAUAACUUAUGCAAUGUCAAACAUAGAUCCACGAAUGACCUUGAUAACAGUAUACGAAAGUGGAAAGCAAAAAGACAAGGAUCCCCACGUCGUAACAUUCAUGAAUGACUUAUGCAUUCACUUGAAAUGCAAUAAAAUUUACGAAAGUUUGAAACUCUCCAAGUAAUAACUAGCAUCAAUCGAUCUCACUUCUUGUAGUAGAGGUAAUUUAUUUUUGUACAUUGAUAAUUGUAAAUCACAAGAUAAAUUGAGGUACGUGAAUGGAUAAAAAUUAAAUUUAAAAUUUACGUAACAAUCAGGUUAUUUUCUUUUUAAAAUCAAUGCGUCAAUAAUUAACUAUUAAAUCUUGGUUUUCAAUAAAUAGGACUAGGCCAUCAAUUGUAAUUAAUUGUAUUUAAAGGAUGAGAGAAAAAUGUUGAGGAUGGGGCAAUUGUUCGAGGCGAAUGAAACUGAUGAUAAAGUCAAAAAAAAAUUGCCUAGUUUAUUUUGUGAAUAUUUUUUAAAUAAAGCCAUUGGAAGGAAAAUGUAACAAGACAUUUUUUGUAGAGAACUUCAAGAGCUAUGAAAAAGUUUCGUAGUAUUUUUCUCUAAACAUCUUUUAUUCAAGAAAUAUUUUCAAAAUUUUA